AUGAUCAAUCUCGGCCUUCAACGCAUCACGGCCCUUCUGCAACCUCUGUUCGCCACGCACCCGGCGUCCCUGCCAUGGAAAGCAAUCCACAUCGCCGGCACCAACGGCAAAGGCAGCAUCGCGGCUCUUGUGUCCGCGUUCCUCACUCGGUCAGGAUACUCCGUGGGGCGCUUCACCUCGCCGCACCUCGUGGACCGAUGGGACUGCAUCACGCUGAACCAGCGCGUCGUGGACCGCGACCGGUUUCUCGCCGUGGAAAGCGAAAUGCGCGUUCGCAGCCAGGCUCAACAUAUCGGCGCGUCCGACUUUGAGAUCCUGACGGCCACAGCGUUUGAGCUGUUCACGCGCAGCGCCGUCGACGUGGCCGUCGUCGAGUGCGGGCUCGGCGGGCGACUCGACGCCACGAACGUGCUUCGCACCCAGGACGUGCUUGUCAGCGUCCUUGCCAAAGUCGGCUUGGACCAUACCGAGUUUCUAGGCGACACGAUCCAAAAGAUCACUUGGGAGAAAGCGGGCAUUUUCAAGCCCGGUGUCCCGGUGGUCGUGGACGAGAGUAACGACGCAGAGGUACUGGAUGUGGUGCGUCGGAAACUGGACGAGCUCGGGGAUGGAGACGCGCCAGGCGUCCAUUACGUGCUAGAGGGGGCGCAAGAGGAGUUACUGGCGCGGAGUAUUGAGAAGAUGCGUCGAGACCACGGAGGAGGCAACCUGGCUGCGGAACAUCAAGAGCAGAACCUAACCACGGCCUGGACGGCGUAUACCCUUGCGGAGCGGCAGUUGGAACAGUUAAAGUCCAAAAGUGCACUCAGCGGUCCCACCGCGAUAAAUGGGGAUUGUAAUGGAGGUGACGGCGGGCACUGGAUGCAAAAUGUUACAGAGACAGCAGAAGAAUUACCGCGAUUGGUCACGGCUGCACAGAAGUCGCUGCGAGGACGUCUCGAGUGGCUUGAGAUACCCGAUCACAUUAUUAUCCCCGAAGGAUCGCAGAAGAAGCCGACGACGACGAUGCUGAGCAAGAGACCGUGCAGGGUUCUACUUGACGGCGCGCACAAUCCGCAGUCCGCACAAGCUCUGGCAGCGUACGUCGACCAGAGCGUCCGGCAGCAGGAGCAGGAGCAGCGGACCGCAAGCAAAAGAAAAGUGACUUGGGUCCUUGCAGCUAAGAGCGACAAGGACGUCGGGGCCAUCCUGUCGAUCCUGCUCAGGCCGGGGGACAACGUGGUGACUUGUUCCUUUGGACCUGUCGACGGCAUGCCGUGGGUGAAGAGCAUGGACGCGUCUGCCCUGCUUGAGAUGGCGAGGGCGUUUGUCUCCGACGAAUCUACUACCACCAUGGAAGCCGCACCGGACGGCAGUGUCGGGGACGCGAUAGUCAGAGCACUUGAGAUUGCCGGCGGCCAAGAUCCAGUCUGUGUUGCGGGCAGUUUGUACCUUGUAGGUGAUGUUUUACGAUUAAUCAGAGACGGAUAG